AUGCUGUUCUCCAGGUACUUGGGGGAGCUAUAUAAAUCCCGGCAGGGUGAGGGCUCCUACAAAGGCAAGCGCCGGCUCCUUUGGUCCAUCAAGAGCAGUCUGGCAGAGUUCAACGAGGAGUACGAGCAUAUCACUGAGCAGGAUGCUCAUGAGUUCCUGCUCCUCCUCUUCAUGAAGAUGAAGAUGGAAGGUGAGACACUGCAGGAGAUCUCCACGUCACCCAGCUAUAUCUGCCCCGUCCAGAACUUUGAGUUCAGACUGCAGUGUGUACGCACCUGCACCAGCUGCGGUGACAAGGUCUUCCAGGAGGAGGAGCAGAACCACUUGUCCUUGGACCUUCACCCGUCGUUGAUAGCUGGCCUCCAAUUCUACUUCAAACCUUCAGAGUUGGAGUGCACCUGCCGGCAGUGCUCUGGAUGCCAGGCAACAGCGGUUCGGCAUUUCCUCACUCUGCCCAGAGUGUUACUCCUUCACAUGAAGCGCUUCCACCACGACGGGGCACGGUUGAGGAAGGUGACCGAUGCUGUCAGCGUUCCUCCAUGGCUGUCUCUGGCCUCCCUCGUUGGAGAGCAGGGGGCUGCAGCUGGGAUAGACCCACUGAGAUCAAGUUAUGGAGAGGGGGACAUCGCAUCUGGAGCAAAACCAAGUGCAAACAUGGCAGCAGUGGAUCAUCUUGACAGUGCAGGAGACAGGGACAGAGGUCUUCAGGAAGUUCAUGGGAAGGAUCACAGCAACCAGAGCACCUACCGCCUGUCGGGGAUGGUCUCUCACCUCGGGGAGAGCAUCAACACCGGCCACUAUGUCAGUGACGUCGCUGGAGAGGACGGCGCCGGAUGGUUGACCCUCAACGACGCCCGUGUGACGCCCGCGGAGACGCCGGUCCUGAGGACCAGAGAGAAGACCGCCUACAUGUUGUUUUACGUCCUAAGUGGAGCAGAAGAGGGAAGCCAUGUCCCACUGGCUCAGAACCAGGAGCCAUCUGGAGCUGAGAGGGACUGACACCUGUGAGGCCCAGGAGAGCGUUUGAUUGGUGGUGCCUCUACAGCCCGCUCUGGGGGCCGCACCCUAAGGCCCCCC